AUGGGCUCUGGAGGGGCAUCCCUGGGGCACCGACUCCAUUUCCCAUCUGGCUUGGAGGUGGUAUUGCAGACAGAACGGGGCAGGGGCGUCGGGGCCCUCCCACCAGCACCCUCAGGACCUCACAAUCCCUCCAGCCCUCCUUCCCCGGGGGCCUUCCUUCCUGGGCGCGGGACCCAGGUCCGGGACGCCGCCCGCAGUUCCCACUUCGGGAAGUGCCAAGCGCGCGCUGCGCCUGGACUGCUCAGCACCCCCGCAGCCCCUCCGUCCACGCCCGGCUCCUCCUCCUCCUCCACCCCCCGGGUGGGGAGAGCCGGCUCCGGAAGCCCCGGCGCCCCCGCCCCGGCCGCCACUGGCGCUUUGGAGAAGGCGGUCCGCGCGGGAGCGCGCCACGCGGGACCUGAGCUCCCAGCCGCCGCCAGCGCCUUGGAACCCCCUGACCAUCCCUGA